AUGGCAGCUCAAGUACCGGCCCAGGGAGCUGGUGCGGCCAACUCGUAUGGAGGACAGCCAGUAACGUCGCCUGCCGGGCCGCCUGCCGCAACCACCACCACCGCAGGCACGACUGGAGGCGCAAUGUCGAAUCAGAAUCUCAAUCAGAUUGUCACGGACUAUCUUCUCAAAAGGGGCUUCAACAGAACCGAAGAAGUUUUCCGACAAGAGUCAAAGCAUCUCGGCAAUGAUGGUAAACCAGUGCAACAACUAGCAAACUUGGGCCCCAAAAAAUAUUCAAGAGCGUUCCGGUUACUAAGAGAUUGGGUUGAAAACAAUCUUGAAAUCUACAAAUUUGAGCUAUCCAAACUUCUUUGGCCAACGUUCGUGUAUUCCUUUAUCGAGCUGGUCGGAAAUGGAUACACAGAAGAAGGCAAAGUAUUUCUUAGAGAAAUUGGCCAACAUUUCCAGGCAUCACACGCUGAUGAUUUGAAAAUAUUCGCAACAAUUACACUCGCUCAGCAUGUAAACGAGAAUCCUGUUACCAAGCUGUACAAGGAGAAUAAGUAUCGCAUUCCCUUGAAUCAGCACGCCACUGGCGACCUUUUUAAUUUUCUUGAGCGAGAGUCUGAUCACGGUGGAUCCGUUAUCCGACAACUUCUUGUCACGUAUUGUCAAAUCGAUUCAACGGCUCGUGGACCCAUCACCCCCUUUAGCUUCGAGGCGGUUUUCAGAAAGUCCAAGAGUCUAGAGAUCGAAGAGAUUGACGCCAGAGAAGGUAUUCCUGGAGUCAAUAUCGGAUUAUCCAACAAGGAUAUCUUGGACCCGGCUGCACCCCUUAGCCUAGGCCCUCUGCCUAUGGAUGCAGAUCUCCGCGAUGACGUCCGCGCUGAAAUCGAAGACGAGGAGCGACGACUUCCACCGCCCCUUGGCGGACCCAGUCUGAUAGAAGAAUUUGAUCGGAAAAUCAAGAGGGAAGAGAGUGCGGAUGCUCCAAACAGAUCAGACUUACCCUUACCGCCGUCUCGACCACGCGAUAUCAUGCUUGAAAUGCAAAAGCUACGAGAGAACAGAGACAGAUUCAAGAUUGAAGGGCGAACAGGCGGCGUCGGCGUCCCUGUAAGCGCUUGCAUGUUUACGUUUCACAACACCUUUGGAAGCGUUUCAUGCAUGGAAUUUUCUGAUGAUGGACAGCUCGCAGCUGUCGGUACCAGUGAAUCCUACAUUCGCGUUUGGUCUCUGGAUGGCAAAGCCCUCCCAAGCUCAAACGCUCACGAAAAGGGCACCAAGUUCAACAGCCGAAAACUUAUCGGACACUAUGGACCCGUAUACGAUAUUUCAUUUUCAGACUCAGCCUCGGGACCCCCUCAAAAGCUCUUUGGCGAUGAGGGCCGACAAAAUGCAGCCAUCGAUGGACGACCAAAAUUACUGCUAUCAUGUUCAGGAGAUGGACAAAUUCGGCUCUGGUCCCUGGAAUCCUGGACCUGCCUCUGCGUAUACAAAUCACACGAUGGGCCUGUCCAUAGGGCACUGUGGAGCCCUCACGGACACUACUUUUUGACUGGUGGUUAUGACAAGGUUGUUCGAGUUUGGAUGCAGGAUCACGCAUCACCCCAGCGGCUCCUUGUCGGCCACGAUACCGCAAUAUCGGCCAUUGCAUGGCACCCUAACGGCAUGUACGUCUUUUCAGCCUCAGAUGAGACGGAUAAGUCGAUCCGCAUGUGGUCCGUAACGACUGGUGCCUGUGUAAGAGUAUUCACGGGCCACACGGAGUAUAUAAGCGCUCUGGAAUGCUCUCCCAACGGUAAAAUCCUGGCCAGCGCAGAUAUUGCGGGCAACAUUUUCUUCUGGGAUCUAGUCAAGGGAACUCGCAUCAAGCGUUCUCGCGGGCAUGGAAAAGGAGGCAUCUGGUCUCUCAGUUUUAGCGUUGAAUCCAACGUACUCGCAUCCGGCGGCCAAGACGGCACUGUUCGAUUGUGGGACGUCGAGUCGCCAGCAGAUCCGCACAAGGCAGCUCAACAGGCCGGUCUUGAGGCUGCAACUGCGGGUGCUGACAUGGCGAUCAACGGCCCCAACGGAGAGGCAUCACGGAUCAACGCGGGGGCCUCGGGUCAGUCAGCUGCUACAGGUGCAGCUACCGGCACCAAGAAGAAGAGCAAGGAAGUGAUGAUUACUCCCGAUCAAAUCUCGGCCUUUCCAACGAAGAAGACGCCAGUGACAAGGGUCAAAUUUACUCGAAUGAAUCUCGUCAUAGCUGGUGGAUGCUACGAUGCUGACCGAUAG